AUGUUCUUCACCAUGCUGAACCUCGCACUCAGCCUUCUACUCCUAGCGUCCACAGCGGCAGCCGCCACCCUUCCCAUGACCACUCGGAAACUCCGUGACCAGCAGAUACUUCUCGACUCUGCGCUCGAACCAUACCGGCCCACGGAGAGCAGUAGAGGCGAAGCCAGAUACCUGGAUGCCGACCCGAACACCGUUGGAGUCAUUUUCAUGAAUACCAAGGACGAGGGUGCGCAUGUGUGGUUGCCGUUGGGGGUGAGGGUGUUUGUCCGAGAGUCGCGGGUUCUGCCAGUUCGGCCCUUGACCGCUAGGAUCACGAGUCUAGUUGGCAAUAAAUCGCAAAGGGCGAGUAAGGAGGCGCUCGACCGGAUCGGGUGUCGCGUGUAUCCGAAGUCGAGCGGCGACUUUCCGACGGAAGACGACUUCGCCGUGCACUUCUCCACUGCGGAUGAUCUGGUCAGGCUGGCGGCGAAGGGUGGCAUCGUGGACGGGCUGGACGGCUGGGAGGUAGAAAGUUACGAAUGCGAGUAA